AAUACAAUGGUGUCAUUUUUUAGGGUAGCAUUAACUAUACCAACAAAACAAAAGCCAAAGUUGAGGUCAAUAGAUAUAAGGUGGGCAUACACAAUAAUCACAUUCAACAACAAAAAGGGUAUAAUUCUCUUAGCUUAGUCUAAAAAACUUUCGUAGUUUCAAAGUCUUAAAAAAAUAAAAACUAAUCAAGGGAAGAAGAAGGAAACAAGUUUGCGUACUAUGUACUUGCCUUGUGGGGGUUGCUUAAUCACAAUGCUUUUACAUUGAGAGAGAAGAACAAUUCUAUUAGGAGGAGAGUUGCUUUUCUUGUGUUUUGUGAGGCUUUGUUUUUGGUUAAAAAUGGAGUCUUUUUAAUACAUGAAGUUGUUGAGUGACACAACAAGCUCACCCCACAUGUCUCAGACUACUACCACCACCACUACCACUACCACAACCCCAUCUCGGCUUAGAGCUCCUUCAAAAUUUAAGGACUCACCAAAACCUUCAAGAGCAAAAUCAGUAACCCCAGAUGCAAACGACAACAAUUCUAGGCCUAGGAGGCCACUUGUGCUGACUAAGCCUAAAUCUGGUGAAUUGGGUUUGGGAUCUCAAAAGGGUAGGGAGCUUGAUGAGUCUAAGUUGGUGGGUCGGCUUGGAAACAGGCCGGUUGUUGAGCAAUUCUCUAGGCCACGCCGGUUGAGAUCAUCUGAUGUUGCUAGUUCGAAGAAAACUGAGGAUUUUAACAACAACAACAAUAACCCAGAUGGCAAAAACAAGGAUUUGCAUGAUAAGCUUCAAAUGAGUGAUGCUUUGAUUAGAGAUUUGCAGUCUCAAGUUUUGAGCUUGAAGACUGAGUUGGAUAAAGCUCAUGGCUUUAACUCAGAGCUUCUUUCCCGGAACAAAAAGCUGGCUGAGGAACUUGAGGCUGCUGAAGCAAAAAUAGCAUCUACUAGCAGUCCUGACCAGACCAAAUCUGUUGGGAAGUAUCAAAGUCCUAAUUUCAAAGACAUUCAGAAACUCAUUGCCAAUAAACUACAACGCUCUGUGGGUAAGAAGGAGACAGUUCAGGAAGCUAGCAUAGUCAAGAAGCCUUCCUCUCCAUUUCCACAACCACCGCCGCCACCACCACCAAUUAGUCCAACUCCCAAAGUUGUUGAUGUUGCAAGGAAGACUCCAUCCUCAAUGUCUGUGCUGCCACCUCCUCCACCACCCCCACCUAUGCCCUCGGCUAGAACAGCACCCGCCACCAGUCAGAAAGCUCCAGCAUUUUUGGAAUUCUAUCAUUCGUUGACAAAGCAAGAGGGGAAGAAGAAUUCUCCAGAACUAAGAAAGAGUCCUAAUCAUAAACAAACAGCUAUUAGUGCACAUAACAGCAUAGUUGGAGAAAUCCAAAAUCGUUCGUCUCAUCUUUUAGCUAUAAAAGCUGACAUUGAAACAAAAGGAGAGUUUAUCAAUGGCUUGAUUGCAAAGGUGUUGGAUGCCUCGUAUUUGGACAUAGAAGAUGUCUUAAAGUUUGUGGAUUGGCUUGAUGAACAGCUCUCAUCAUUGGCUGACGAACGAGCUGUGUUAAAGCAUUUCAAAUGGCCGGAGAGGAAAGCUGAUGCCCUGCGAGAAGCUGCAAUCGAAUAUCGUGAGCUAAAACAGUUAGAAAAUGAGAUUGCUUCUUACAAAGAUGACACUGAUAUUCCAUGUGCUGCUGCCUUAAAGAAGAUAACCAGCUUAUUAGAUAAGUCGGAGAAAAGCAUUCAACGGCUUAUCAAGCUGCGAAAUUCAGCAAUGCGUUCUUAUAAGGAAUUCAAAAUCCCAACUGAUUGGAUGCUUGAUUCAGGGAUUGUGAGUAAGAUAAAGCAGGCAUCAAUGAAUCUUGUGAAAACAUUUAUGAAGAGAGUGACAAUGGAGGUGGAAUCUGAUAAGGAAUUGAAUCAAGAAUCUCUUCUUCUACAGGGUGUAAAUUUUGCAUACAGAGCUCAUCAGUUUGCAGGAGGUCUAGAUUCAGAAACAUUAUGUGCUUUUGAAGAGAUAAGAGCACGUUUUCCCGGACACAUGAGAGGGUCUCGACAGUUAUUGACAUCAUAGCUUCUGGUGUGGACAGCGGCCAGGCAUUUUUUGUUUCGGUUUUUUACAUACAGACUCUGACAAAGUGAAUGAAAAUGGUGUUUGUGAUAACAAAUAUCCAACAAAGGUCUAAGCUUAUUAACUCAAAAACUUGAUAGGAGCAGGAGGGAGAAGAAGAUGGGUGAUAUUUUGUUGCAGCAAAUGUAGUGUUUAUAUUUGUUAGUAUUUGUAUACAUGAAUUUUGUUUUUCUAUGAUUGAAAAAAAAAAUGAUGCUUACUAAAACUCUUUUUAUUAUGGUUUUAUUAUACUUACAAUGUUGUAAUAAACAAGAAUAGUCUCCUGAGUCUGCUCAAGUUGAUUCUGUUCCUUAAUCAACAACUAAAAACCCCUAAUCUUUAUACUUUUAAUGUUGCUUAUUAAUUGGUGUUAUGUUGUUUUCAUAAA